AUGGAUUACUAUGGAAAAUAUGCAGCGGUUGCUUUUGCCGUGUUGUCUAUAUCUCUGAAUAUUCUUCAUUCAUUGCCAGAUGGAGAGUUUAUCAUGCAGGGUUGUCCUGAAUGUAAACUAAGCCUGAACACACACAUGACACGACUGUUCAAUGGGCGGCCCGUUUACCAAUGUGUAGGAUGUUGUUUCUCAAGGGCUUAUCCUACUCCCAUGAGAUCAAAGAAGACAAUGCCAGUCCCAAAGAACAUUACCUCAGAAGCAACAUGCUGUGUAGCAAGAUCUUUCAAAGAGGCUCCCAUUCCGUAUUAUGAAAACACAAAGAUAGAGAACCAUACAGAUUGUCACUGCAGUACCUGCUAUUAUCAUAAAUCUUAA